CGCGGGGGCGGGGCCGGGGAGGAGCCGGGCCCGGGGCUGUCCAGACGCCCGGGAAUGCGCUCGGGGGCUGCCGCGUCGGGUGGGGCCGCCGGGCGCUGCAACUCGAGCUGCUGCCCCCGGUUAAAAAUACCCGCUGCCCUGCCCUGCCCUCCCCCUCCCCCGCGGUGCCCUUCAGCCCGGGCCCAGCCCUGCCCACCCCGAUUGGCGCGGCCCCUCCCCGGGGACUACUCUGCCUUUUACUAAUUUGUCCUCGCGCGGGGCUGGCGGCGGGCCGGGGAGGAAGGGGCGGGAAGACACCGUGAGUAAGAGAGAUAAUCGGGGAAGGUGCCCGAGAGAUAAAGCGGAGCCGAGAGGAAGCCGGGCCCGAGCCGGAGGAGGAGAGGAAAGAGGGAGGGCGGAGGGGCGCGGAGAAGGGCGGGGAGGAGCGCUCUUCCUGGUUGGGCCCUGCCCCGAGCUGCCUGCCACCGGGAAGCAGCCGCUGAGACCGCAGCGACCCCCCCGCCAAACACUCCUCCUCCAGGAUGGCGGAGGAGAUCAUCACCCCGGUGUACUGCACCGGGGUGUCUGCACAAGUGCAGAAGCUGCGGGCCAAGGAGCUGGGCCUGGGCCGCCACGAAAAUGCCAUCAAGUACAUGGGCCAGGAUUACGAGCAGCUUCAGUCUCGCUGCCUGCAGAGCGGAGCCCUCUUCCGCGACGAGGCCUUCCCCCCAGUGCCCCAGAGCCUGGGCUACAAGGACCUGGGCCCCAACUCCUCCAAAACCUAUGGUAUCAAGUGGAAGCGUCCCACGGAGCUGCUCUCAAACCCCCAGUUCAUCGUGGAUGGAGCCACCCGCACGGACAUCUGCCAGGGAGCACUGGGGGACUGUUGGCUUCUGGCUGCCAUUGCCUCUCUCACCCUCAAUGACACCCUCCUGCACCGAGUGGUUCCGCACGGCCAAAGCUUCCAGGAUGGCUAUGCUGGCAUCUUCCAUUUCCAGCUGUGGCAGUUUGGCGAGUGGGUGGACGUGGUGGUGGACGACCUGCUGCCCACCAAGGACGGGAAGCUGGUGUUUGUGCACUCUGCCGAAGGCAACGAGUUCUGGAGCGCCCUGCUGGAGAAGGCCUAUGCCAAGGUGAACGGCAGCUAUGAAGCCCUGUCGGGGGGCAGCACCUCCGAAGGCUUCGAGGACUUUACAGGGGGCGUCACCGAGUGGUACGAGCUGCGCAAGGCACCCAGCGACCUCUACCAAAUCAUCCUCAAGGCGCUGGAGCGGGGCUCGCUGCUGGGCUGUUCCAUUGAUAUCAGCAGUGUGCUGGACAUGGAGGCCAUCACCUUCAAGAAGCUGGUGAAGGGCCAUGCCUACUCUGUGACCGGGGCUAAGCAGGUGAACUACAUGGGCCAGAUGGUGAGCCUGAUCCGGAUGCGGAACCCCUGGGGCGAGGUGGAGUGGACAGGAGCCUGGAGUGAUGGCUCCUCGGAGUGGAACAAUGUGGACCCUUACGAACGGGAGCAGCUCCGGAUCAAGAUGGAGGACGGGGAGUUCUGGAUGUCAUUUCGAGACUUCAUGCGUGAGUUCACCCGCCUGGAGAUCUGCAACCUGACGCCGGACGCCCUGAAGAGCCGGCGGUACCGCAAAUGGAACACCACCCUCUAUGAGGGUACCUGGCGGAGGGGCAGCACUGCCGGGGGCUGCCGGAACUACCCAGCCACCUUCUGGGUGAACCCCCAGUUCAAGAUCCGGCUGGAGGAGACAGAUGACCCAGACGACGAUUAUGGGGGUCGAGAGUCAGGCUGCAGCUUCGUGCUGGCGCUCAUGCAGAAGCAUCGCCGCCGUGAGCGCCGCUUCGGCCGCGACAUGGAGACCAUUGGCUUUGCAGUGUACGAGGUCCCCCCGGAGCUGGCGGGCCAGCCAGCCGUGCACCUGAAGCGUGACUUCUUCCUGGCCAACGCGUCUCGGGCCCGAUCAGAGCAAUUCAUCAACCUGCGGGAGGUCAGCACCCGCUUCCGUCUGCCUCCUGGGGAGUACGUGGUGGUGCCCUCCACCUUCGAGCCCAACAAGGAGGGUGACUUUGUGCUGCGCUUCUUCUCGGAGAAGAGCGCCGGGACCGAGGAGCUGGACGACCAGGUCCAGGCCAACCUUCCUGAUGAGCAAGUGCUCUCGGAAGAGGAGAUUGAUGAGAGCUUCAAGACCCUCUUCAGACAGCUGGCAGGGGAGGACUUGGAGAUCAGCGUCAAGGAGCUGCAGACCAUCCUCAACAGGAUCAUCAAAAAACACAAAGACCUGCGGACCAAGGGCUUCAGCCUGGAGUCCUGCCGCAGCAUGGUGAACCUCAUGGACCGGGAUGGCAACGGGAAGCUGGGCCUAGUGGAGUUCAAUAUCCUGUGGAACCGCAUCCGGAAUUACCUAUCCAUCUUCCGGAAGUUCGACUUGGACAAGUCGGGCAGCAUGAGUGCCUACGAGAUGCGGAUGGCCAUCGAGUCUGCAGGCUUCAAACUCAACAAGAAGCUGUACGAACUCAUUAUCACCCGCUACUCGGAGCCUGACCUGGCCGUGGACUUUGACAACUUUGUGUGCUGCCUGGUGCGGCUGGAGACCAUGUUCCGGUUUUUCAAAACUUUGGACACAGACCUGGAUGGAGUUGUGACCUUUGACUUGUUUAAGUGGUUGCAGCUGACUAUGUUCGCAUGAGACAACAGUUAGCCCCCCGCUGCGUUCCUCGUCCCUCGGUCGUCUGCCACGCCACGCCCCUCACCGCACCGCAUCGGGCCACGCCGGCUGCAAGUGCCUUCCUCGGAGCGGAGGUGGCCUCCUGUCCCUUGAGCUCCCUGCACCGCGGCUCAUCUGCUCUGGGCAGAGCCGUGUGGCCCGCCCUGCACUAAAGACCAUGGGCCCAGAUGAACUUCCCCAGCCCCUCUCGUCACCAAACCAGAAGGGCAGCUUUCGCUUGUUCCUGCCUCAAGACAGGUUCCUGGGAGAGCUGACAGCCCGGCCUCCCAGCAUCCUGAUGAGACCACUCACCUGGCCUCGCCUGCAGACUUCAAACCGUAACCACUAGCUCUGCACAGUCUGUACCGAGGUGUGCAGAGCCGCCUCCCAGCCAGGGCCGGGCUGCCUUCCCGGGGCUGUGAACGCCUGUCCCUUCCUGUGCAGAAGCCAAUGCCCCCUCUGCCCCACGGCCUGGCCCCCAACCCUGUCUGCUGCCCAGGAGCCGCCCGCCCGGCCCAGGGAUGGUCAGGCCCCCCCUCCGCCCCUCCCUCCUUUUUUAUAUUGGUGAUGUUAAAGGGGACUUCAGGGACUGGUGUACGACUUAUGGGGUGCCACAGGCACCUGGGUGUAGGGUGGGGGGACUCAUGUUUCCAUGCAGAGAAACCCCAAAUAAUAAAGGAAAAAGGCCCCACA